CUCUACACAUUCAUAUCUCACCCGCAGCAGCUUUCACUCUCUCUCCUUCGUCUCCUUCAUCUUCCUCCUCUGUGCGCUCUUUCUCACUCUGAGGAAAAAUGGGUCGAGUUCGCACAAAAACUGUGAAGAAAUCCUCACGCCAAGUGAUCGAGAAGUACUACUCAAAGAUGACAUUGGAUUUCCACACCAACAAGAAGGUUCUAGAAGAGGUGGCCAUUAUCCCAUCAAAGAGGCUGCGCAACAAGAUCGCAGGAUUCUCCACCCAUCUCAUGAAACGAAUCCAGAAGGGCCCAGUUCGUGGGAUCUCGCUGAAGUUGCAGGAAGAAGAGAGAGAAAGACGCAUGGACUUCGUACCUGAUGAAUCCGCCAUUAAAAUCGAUCACAUUGAGGUUGAUAAGGAAACCAUUGAUAUGCUUGCUUCUCUUGGCAUGGCUGAUUUGCCCGGUGUUGUUCAGAUGGUUGCUGAGCCUGCCCCUGUUGUUGCUGCCGCUGGUGGUUUCGGACGUGGUGCUGGUGGUGCCAGGAGGUACUGAUUAUUUCGGAUUUAGGGUUUUAAAUUUGCGAACAAUGUCUUUUAAUAUGUAAGUUUGAUAAUUUUGAAAUUACGGAAAUUUUGGGCUUAAUUUGUUGAUGAAAUUAUGUCGUACUUUGAGGAUUUUCUUUAUGAUAUGCAAUUUCUUAUCUGA